CCCAGGCUGGACAAACAUGACAGACGCGGCCACCAACAUGCGGCUGAAGCUGCCGAUCAUCUGCUUCAUCCUGCAGAUCAUCCUCAUCAUCCUCUUCGGUGUUCUGGUGGAGUACGACCACGAUACGGACGCCAAGAAAUGGCAUAACGAGAGCCACUCUGAAAAUGACAACGAGUUCUACUACCGCUACCCAAGUUUCCAGGAUGUGCACGUGAUGAUCUUCAUCGGCUUCGGCUUCCUCAUGACCUUCUUGCAGCGCUAUGGCUUCAGCAGCGUGGGCUUCAACUUCCUGAUCGCAGCCUUCUCCCUGCAGUGGGCCACGCUCAUGCAGGGCUUCUUCCACGGUAUGCAUGGAGGCAAGAUCCACAUCGGAGUGGAGAGCAUGAUCAAUGCUGAUUUCUGCACCGGUGCUGUGCUCAUCUCAUUUGGAGCCGUUCUGGGUAAAACCAGCCCUGUCCAGCUGCUGGUCAUGGCGAUCUUCGAGGUCACGCUGUUUGCUGUCAAUGAGUUCGUCCUGCUUACCGCUCUUGGGGCCAAAGAUGCCGGAGGCUCCAUGACCAUCCACACAUUUGGAGCCUACUUCGGCCUUAUGGUGACCCGAGUCCUCUACCGGCCCAACCUGAAUAAGAGCCAACACAGGAACAGCUCGGUCUACCAUUCUGACCUGUUCGCCAUGAUCGGUACCAUCUACCUGUGGAUGUUCUGGCCCAGCUUCAACUCUGCCAUCACAGCUCACGGAGACGACCAGCACCGCACGGCCAUGAACACCUACUACUCCCUGGCAGCCUGCACUCUGGCCACAUACGGCAUGUCCGCCGUCACGGCACACGACGGCAAGCUGGACAUGGUCCACAUCCAGAAUGCCGCCCUGGCCGGUGGAGUCGCAGCAGGAACAGCCGGUGAAAUGAUGCUGACGCCGUACGGAUCCAUGAUCGUCGGUGUCUUGGCCGGCAUCAUCUCCGUUCUGGGCUACAAGUACCUCUCUCCCAUCCUGGAGGAUAAACUGAAGAUCCAGGACACCUGCGGCAUUCACAACCUGCACGGCAUGCCCGGCGUCCUGGGCGCCAUUGUUGGAGCGGUCACUGCUGCCGUGGCAUCCACAGACGUUUAUGGAAAAGGUAUGGCAGACGUGUUCCCUGAUGUGGCCAACGGAGACAUCGAGGCGUCCUAUCAGGGCGUCCGUCAGGCCAUCUCCCUCGCCGUCACCCUCGGCAUGGCCCUGGGGGGGGGCCUGGUCGUCGGUUUCAUUCUGAAGCUCCCCGUCUUCGGUGCUCCUCCCGACACCAUCUGCUUCGAGGACAGCAUCUACUGGGAGGUGCCGGGAGAAGAGGAGGAUCACGGGGAACAACUGACCGCCGUGCACGCCGCGGAGGCCGAGAAGCUCAACAACUAGACAGACAGACACACACACACACACACACACACACACUCUGAGGUUUUUACAUCCCAGCACUUGAGUUAGACUCAUUUGGUUGUAAAAAAAUAAAAUACAGAUUUACCGGCAUCGUGUUCAUGUCAACGACCAAAUGUUUGUUUUUACGUGUACAAAAACCCCAAAAUUCUCAUUUUAUACUAGAAUAAACUAAAUCUCCCCCACAGUGUGCUGGUUAUUGACAGCUGUGGCCACUAGAGGUCGACAUUGAGUCGUGUCUCUCUGUGCUGGAGGCCUGUAAUAAAAAAAAAAAGACUGCAUUUUGGAAAUGAUGUGUCUGUUUGAUGAGAGGUGCUGUGUAAUUGUUUCUCCUAAACCUGAGCCAAGACACCGUUACAGAAUUUAAUGUCAGUGCCGGUUCAAGCCAAAGACAAACAGAGUCCUUCAGCCAGAAGACUCCAUU